GAGUGCGGCUUGUAGUGGAGCUGUAGGGAACUGGACGAGGCAUCCGUAGAGGACCGCAAUGGAACCUUGCAUCUGGGUUUAGAAAAUACCUCUCUCCUCCUGCCUCUCCCCUUCACUAGCAGAGUCCUGGUAGGCUUCAGCAGUACAAACCGGCCCCUAGCACCAUUCAGACUGCUCCAACUUCUCAUCUUAUGACUGACUCUCUCUCUCUCUCUCUCUCUCUCUCUCUCUCUCUCUCUCUCUCUCUCUCUCUCUCUCUCUCUCUCUCUCUCGGCAGAGUUAGUGUUGUUGUCUGUUAUUCCAAGGCGGAGUAAGUGUUGUUGUUUCUUGUUCCAGGCCAGAGUUUAGUCCCAGUAGUUUCAGAAGAGAAGAGAGGAGAGUCUGAUAUAGACGGUUGAGGGGCCACACACUCCUGGGAGCAUUGUUGGGAUUAUUUUCUCUCUGACUCGAUUUUUAUAAAUUUCUUCAAGGUUUUAUUUGAACAAAGAAAGAAGCAGCUUCUGGGCUCUAGAAUAGCGCAGUAUUUGUUUUAAGGCGACUUUUGGACCCUAUUUGGAGGACUCCCGCACCCCUCCCCCUGUCAGUCCUCUGGCUAUUGGGAUGAUUGAGUUUGCUGUUAACCUAUUUAGGGAAUGCGAGGAGUAAAAGUGAAAAGUUUAUCUCGGCUUCUUGCUGUUAAGCAGAACGGAAAACAAGCAGGGAAUUAGCUCCAGACCUGUGCUGACAGCUGAUAUGAGCCACAAUUUAAAUUGAUUUGAUUUUGCCCGUUGGUAAACUCAUAUGCUUUCUGAGAUGGGCUCCUAACAGGCAUCAUUCUGCCUUUUUAGGUGUGUUUACACAGAGUUAGGUGAACUUUAUCAGUAAAAAAAAAAAAAAAAAAAAAAAAAAAAAAAAAAAAAAAAAAAAAAAAGGACAUAUCCCCACUGCAGGGACCAGAUCCUGUAGACCUUUGGUAGCUCAGUUGAGCUUUCUGCUUUUCAAUGAAGGCACUACUUUAUCAUAACAUGUUCUUCUUCUCAGAAAUUGCAUGGACACAAACCAGCCCUAACAUUUGCGUGAAAACCUGUUAUUGACCGUGCAGAACUUGAGUUAAUCCCUCUUGUGUCUCUGCUAGAUGCAGUAGGUGUAACUUGGUUCUGCUUUUGUGGACCGAUUGUUCUCGCAAGGUGUACCAUGUUUAGUUUGUAACUGAACAGUACCAAUAGACAUUGGACAUUCACAUUCAACCAGGACAUGCCACAUAAAUGUUGCGGUCCAUUCUGUUCAUCCUCUAUCAUCUGAAGGCUGUUGUGUCUCUGAAUUCCACUGGUACCUUUGGCUCUUUGAAGUAUCCAGCACAAUGAUGAACAAAGACUCUCGCUUCCCCAGGAAAGCUGUGCAUAGCAACACCUCCUCUCGAAGGCACUCAUGCAUUGGUUUUGAUGUUGAUAAUGGAUUGUCGGUGGGGCGUAGCCCUCUGGACCCCCAGACCAGUCCAGGCUCCGGCCUGGUGCUCCAGGCCAACUACGCCCACAGCCAGCGCCGGGAAUCUUUCCUCUACCGCUCCGACUCUGACUUUGACCUCUCACCCAAGGCCCCCUCGAGGAACUCCUCCACUGCCAGUGAGCUGGAAGAAAGCUUGAAGCACUGGGAAGUCAACUGGUUGUCUCGACAUGGAGAAGACAUGAUUGUGACACCAUUUGCACAGGUACUUGCCAGUUUGAGGACGGUAAGAAGCAACUUUGCCGUUUUGACCCACCAGCAAGAUCGUCAACCCAGCAAGAGAACUGGCAGUAACCCACCAUCCAUGUGCAAGACAACCUUGGCAGGUGUGACAGAGGAGCCAUUCCAGCAGCUGGCCGUGGAGACUCUGGACGAGCUGGACUGGUGUCUGGAGCAGCUGGAGACUCUGAAGACACGCCACUCUGUCAGCGAGAUGGCCUCCAACAAGUUCAAGAGGAUGCUGAACAGGGAGCUUACUCAGCUAUCAGAGACCAGCAGAUCAGGGAACCAGGUGUCAGAGUUCAUCUCCAGCACCUUCCUAGAAAAGCAACACGACAUGGAGAUCAUGUCUCCGCCCACCAAGGAGAAGACGGACAAGAAGAAGCGCCCCAUGUCCCAGAUCGUGGGGGUAAAGAAGCCUAUCCUGAUCCCCAGUGUAGCCCCUUCCAGCAUUCCCCGCUUCGGGGUCCCUUCCAGUCAGGAGAGCCUCCUUGCCAAGGAGUUGGAAGAGAUAAACCAAUGGGGUGUGGAUAUUUUCAAAAUAUCUGAAUAUUCUGCGAAUCGUCCACUGACGGUGGCGAUGUAUUCCAUUUUCCAGGAGCGAGAGCUGCGGAAGUCCUUCAAGAUCCCUGCAGACACCUUCAUCACCUUCAUGAUGACCCUGGAGGACCACUACCACCACGACGUGGCCUACCACAACAACAUCCAUGCUGCAGACGUGGUCCAGUCCACCCACGUCCUUCUCUCCACCCCCGCCCUGGAGGCUGUGUUCACUGACUUGGAGAUUUUGGCUGCUUUGUUUGCCAGUGCUAUACAUGAUGUGGACCAUCCGGGGGUGUCCAAUCAGUUCCUCAUCAACACCAACUCAGAGCUGGCCCUGAUGUAUAAUGACGUGUCCGUCCUGGAGAACCACCACCUGGCUGUGGGCUUCAAGCUGCUGCAGGAGAACAACUGUGACAUCUUCCAGAACCUCAGCAAGAAACAGAGACAGUCCCUACGCAAGAUGGUCAUAGACAUGGUGUUAGCCACAGACAUGUCCAAACACAUGAACCUGCUGGCGGACCUGAAGACCAUGGUGGAGACCAAGAAAGUGACCAGCUCUGGAGUGCUGCUGCUGGACAACUAUGGAGAUCGCAUCCAGGUCCUCCAGAACAUGGUUCACUGUGCUGACCUCAGUAACCCCACCAAGCCCCUGGAGCUGUACCGCCAGUGGACCGACCGCAUCAUGGUGGAGUUCUUCACCCAGGGGGACAGGGAGAGGGACAAAGGCAUGGAGAUCAGCCCCAUGUGUGACAAACACAACGCCUCCAUCGAGAAGAACCAGGUGGGCUUCAUAGACUACAUCGUUCACCCUCUGUGGGAGACGUGGGCCGACCUGGUCCAUCCCGACGCCCAGGAGAUCCUAGACACGCUAGAGGACAACCGCGAGUGGUACCAGAGCAUGAUCCCCCACAGCCCCUCGCCUACCCCCGAGGCCCAGGACAAGGUGGGCCUGCCUGGGGGAGCCGUGGGUUCCGGAGGGGGUGGAUCUUCCAUCGGAGACAAAUUCCAGUUUGAGCUGACCCUAGAGGAGGAAGGCGAGUCCGACACAGAGAGCCCCCCAGAAGAGGAGGAGGGGUACAGUAGCACUGGGGCGGAGCCUUCUAGAACUGACCCGGACAGCAGACUCCAUUCCGUGUCUGCCACUGCUCACCCACACUAUCAGGGGCUUUCCAAAAUGGCCACCUCUGUCCUCAAUCUCGGUGGCACGACUUUGUCCACCGACUCUGACCCAGACAAGGAGGCAGCCGAAGACAAAGAACAUGACCAAGAAGGUAAUGCCGGUGUGAGGCGCUUCAGGCUAGGUACAUAACACCAGUGCAAUGUUCUUUUUUGUUUGUCUUUUUUGUUGAUUUUCUGUGCCUCCCCCUGAACCCUUUACCCCCCAUCUCUGGCUUCCUUGGACUGAAUGGCAGGACAAAGCUGAGGUAGAGAACGUAAAGGGGGUGCGUUCAGGAAGUCUGCACUUACACAGCAGUCACCUUGCACUGGAGAGAGGAGAGCCCCACGGUUCCUAUUUGUUAGGUUGCAGAGAACAGGAAACCGUGCUUUUGAGCUGGUCUUUUGUGUUUUACCGAUAUGUUUCGGAGUUGAACAUGCGUCACCGUGUUUGGCUUACAUUUUUCAAGAGACGCUGAGGUAACCAACCUUCCUGUUUUGACAGCCAGGUCUAUGACGAAGGAGGGAGGAAUUUUGCGGGGACACGUCUUCCUUUUGACUACUUAUGACUGCUUGAAACAAUUGACGGCACGUUGAACUUAGUAACAACAAACGCCAUAAUGUCUUUUGAGACGUUAUGCCACACAGCGCAAUAAACAGGAAUUUGGCCAAUGGCAAUGUUUGCCUGCCUUCACAACUGUUGAUGAUUUGAUAUUUUAUUCAAGGCCUUUCAAAAGAGUGCAGGAAGUGGUUUUUACUGGUCAACUGCAGACCUUACCAGAUAUGUACCACAAAAGGACAAAGUACAGAGCAGGCCUUCAGAAUGGUUUGAGGAAGAGAUUGUUUCAAAUGCAGCAACAACACUUUUUGGGUACCACUGUUGCAACUGCUACUAGGUGCCUCGCAUGGGGUCUUGUGCUAAGAUUGACUGAAGCAGCAGCACUACAGCAGCAUUACAAACUCUAAAACAAUUGGUUUAGGGUCCGUUCUUCCUCACACAGUCCUAACCCGACCCGUUACGUGUACACCUACAAAAACGAACCCUGAGCCAGUCGUUGUCGGGGCAUAAAAGUAAGACAAAGCUAUGCUGUUUGCACCUGGCGCCUCCCAGUGUUGAAAUUCGGGAAUUGAAGUCAGCCCGUGUAAUACAAUUCAAGGCAUUGAAAAUGCCCAUGCCUACUGUAAAUUGACUAUAGGUAUGUUAAUUUGAUUGGGUUUAGCUAUGGUUUUAUAGUACCCAAAGCACUUUGGGUUAAGACUUCAGUUAAGACUUCAACCCUUUUCUGUAUGAUUUUAUUUAUUGAACGUCACUCAAAGUGUAAACACAAGGCUCUAUGCUGUAAUUGUGUGUGUAUCUUUAACCUCUUUACGGCAACCAUUUUCAUCAGUCUGCCUCCACUUUUAGCACUUUUACAAUUGAACUCACAGCCAAUGCCCUGCUUGAAAGGGCUUGUGCCAAUCCAUGAACACAUUGGAGGACGGUGUGACCAGCACUUACAUAGCCUGGCACAUUAGGAGAACUGGUUGUUUUUUGGGGGGAACCUGGACUAAAAUAAGAACUGUUUGACAGUAGGUCUGUGGACAAUGCCCUUUCAAGUCCAUUAUUGUUGUUACAACACAGUAGGUCUCACAUUUCCCACAGGUAACAUCACCACUGGUCACAUUUUCAACCAGUUGAAUUACUAAAUAAGAUACAUUGGUAGCAUGUACUAUGUCAUCUGGGUUUGUGAAGAAAAAGUUGUAAUAUUUGCCAAACUAUUUCAGAGAUGUGUGAAAGAUUUGCCACUCAAGCGCAAUUCUGUCAUGGGCCAGUUCUCUGUGCCAGAAUGUCCCCCCCUUUCCCUUUGUCAUUGGUCAAUAUUCUGCUCUUCACAGGGACAAAGCCAAUGACAGUACAAGUGCCAGGCAAGCAUGACACAAUUUGUACUGUAAUUUCCAUUUUGCCCCUGGCUAGUUUCCAUCAAUGACUGACUGACAGCAUUGUUGAUCACGUCUCCCUCCCUGUGCACUCGUUCUGUCCAAAUAGGUUUUCGGUUUCAGAACAAUAAUCCCCCGAUAACUGUACUUGUCUUAAAGUAAGUGGUAUGUUUGAAUGGUUGGACGUUUUGAUGAAUUUAAUUUGUAAAGAAACCAAAGCACUCUGUAUGGUACUUUCACCAGUCGCUGCACUUCCAGCACAGUUGAGUAUAAUGUAACUUGACUCAUCCACAUUAGUUUUCUGUCUGUAUUCUGGUAUUAUACGGCCUGAUUAUUACAAUUGAUUCACAGCACAGGCUGGACCACUGCAGCUGAAAUAGGGGACUUGUUAGGUUAUGGAAUUUAACCUUUUUGUAACUAACCACAAUAUAUUUUGAUAAAUAUACUUUUUUUUUUUUUGCUGCAAGAUCGUGGAGUAAAUUUAUGUUGUGUUUUUACGAAAGAUCUAGAAAUGACACUUUCUGGAGCCUUAUAUUUGCAUAUGUUUUCUUUCAGCCUAGAUUUGAUAUAAGGUGGAGAGAAUCCAGUGUCAUGCAUAACGUAGCUAAGGAGCACAAACAGUCAAGAACUCAAGCAAGCCUUUCUGCCUUCCUCAGCUGUCAUGCAACAACAAAAAGGUCACCAGCCCUCGCAAUGACUGUCUAACAUUUAUUGUUUUGUAUAUUUCAUUUAUUGUUUUGUAUACUUUCCUCACAAUGCUUUGUGUACAAUUUAUUUAUUAUUUCUAUAUAUGUCCGAAAUGAAGAACUAUAUACUUUGUCGGAGGCGGAGUAUUUAUUUGUAGCUACCUUCCGAGCUUUGGGAGAGAAAAAAAAAUGGGACAGAUUUCAACUACAGAACUCAACCAAAUGUUUUAGUUUUCCUAUGUCUGCCAUUAAAGAAAGCAAAAAUACUCAAACUUUCAGGAUUUACUGGAUAACAUCAGUAGAGUAGGAGAUCCCAGUUUCAGACACGCCGUUCCUAUGUUUCUCUCCUGAACAGGUCUCAGUUUCCCAAAAGCAUCUCAAGGCUAAAUUGAACUUAGCGUUAUGAUGCUUUUGGGAAACUUGGCCCAUAACACCUGUCUGCAGUCUCGACAAUCCAAACACAACUGUUUACUACGGGUUUCUAAGCGCUUACUGUUACUGUACGCCUGUCCACCUUUUCAAUAAAGGAGUCUUCAUGCUUUUGACAUCAUGGAUGCUUAUUGGAAAUAAUGUUGACCAUGGAAUGCUACAAUGAUACACACGUUUCUUUCCCAAUGACACGAAAUUCGGAUUACAUUACGGUUAUCUAAGUGUAUUUCAAUAGGAGCUUGUUUAAACAAUCAUUCUAAAUAAAAACAUAUUUAUGUUGACUACAGUCAUACUAGCAAGGGAUAGAUGGAAAAGUAAUUGAAUCAGGAGCUAUCAGUGGUGCGAUGGAUUGGGCCCAGUGAUGGACAGUUGAAGUCGGAAGUUUACAUCUUAGCCAAACACAUUUAAACUCAGUUUUUCACAAUUCCUGACAUUUAAUCUGAGAAAAAAUUCCUUGUUUUAGGUCAGUUAGGAUCACCACUUUAUUUUAAGAAUGUGACAUGUCAGAAUAAUAGUAGAGAGAAUUAUUUAUUUCAGCUUUUAUUUCUUUCAUUACAUUCCCAGUGGGUCACAAGUUUGCAUACACUCAAUUAAUAUUUGGUAGCCUUGCCUUUAAAUUGUUUAACUUGGGUCAAACGUUUCGCUUCCCACAGUAAGUUGGGUGAAUUUUGGCCCAUUCCUCCUGACAGAGCUGGUGUAACUGAGUCAGGUUUGUAGGCCUCCUUGUAGGACUCAGUUAUGCCCACAAAUGUUCUAUAGGAUUGAGGUCAGGGCUUUGUGGUGGCCACUGCAAUACCUUGACUUUGUUGUCCUUAAGCCAUUUUGCCACAACUCUGGAAGUAUGUUUGGGGUCAUUGUCCAUUUGGAAGACCCAUUUGUGACCAUGCUUUAACUUCCUGACUGAUGUCUUGAGAGGUUGCUUCAAUAUAUCCACAUAAUUUUCCAUCCUCAUGAUCUAUGUUAUGAAGUGCACCAGUCCCUCCUGCAGCAAAACACCCCCAAAACAUGAUGCUGCCACCCCCGUGCAUCAUGGUUGGGAUGGUGUUUUUCGGCUUGCAAGCCCUCCCCCCUUUCCUCCAAACAUAACGGUGGUCAUUAUGGCCAAACAGUUCUAUUUUUGUUUCAUCAGGCCAGAGGACAUUUCUCCAAAAAGUACGAUCUUUGUCCCCAUGUGCAGUUGCAAACUGUAGUCUGGCUUAUUAUGGUGGUUUUGUAGCAGUGGCUUCUUCCUUGGUGAGCGGCCUAUAGAUACUUUUGUACGUGUUUCCUCCAGCAUCUUCACAAUGGCCUUUGCUGUUGUUCUGGGAUUGAUUUGCACUUUUUGUACAAAAGUACGUUCAUCUCUAGGAGACAGAACGCGUCUCCUUCCUGAGCGUUAUGAUGGCUGCAUGGUCCCAUGGUGUUUAUACUUGCAUACUAUUGCUUGUACAGAUGAACGUGGUACCUUCAGGCAUUUGUAAAUUGCUCCCAAGGAUGAACCAGACUUGUGGAGGUCUACAUUUAUUCUCUGAGGUCUUGGCUCAUUUCUUUUGAUUGUCCCAUGAUGUCAAGCAAAGAGGCACUGAGUUUGAAGGUAGGCCUUGAAAUACAUCCACAGGCACACCUACAAUUGACUCAAAUGAUGUCAAUUAGCCUAUUAGAAGCUUCUAAAGCCAUGACAUAAUUUUCUGGUAUUUUCCAAGCUGUUUAAAGGCACAGUCAACAUAGUGUAUAUAAACUUCUGACCCACUGGAAUUGUGAUACAGUGAAAUAUAAGUUAAAUAAUCUGUCUGUAAACAAUUGUUGGAAAAAUGACAGAUGUCCUAACUGACUUGCCAAAACUAUAGUUUGUUAACAAGACAUUUCUGGAGUGGUUGAAAAACGAGUUUAAAUGACUCCAACCUAAGUGUAUGUAAUCUUCUGUCUUCAACUGUAGCUCAGCAUUCAACACCAUAGUACCCUCCAAGCUCAUCAUUAAGCUUGAGGGCCUGGGUCUGAACCCCUCCCUGUGCAAUUGGGUCCUGGACUUCCUGACAGACCAUCCCCAGGUGGUGAAGGUAGGAAACAACAUCUCCACUUCACCGAUCCUCAACACUGGGGCCCCACAAGGGGGCGUGCUACGCCCCCUCCUGUACUCCCUGUUCACCCAUGACUGUGUGGCCAAGCACACAGACAAGCAUGCAGACAACACAACAAUAGUAGGCUUGAUUACCAACAACGACGAGACAGCCUACAGGGAGGAGGUGAGGGCUCUGGGAGUGUGGUGCAAGGAAAAUAACCACUCAAUGUCAACAAAUCAAAAGUACAUGAUCGGGGACUUCAGGAAACAACAGAGGGAGCACCCCCCUAUCCAGCGCCCCUUCAACCUCAGGAGGCUUGUAAACCUAAAACCCUAACAAACUUUUACAGAUGCACAAUUGAGAGCAUCCUGUCUGGCUGUAUCACCUCCUGGUACAGCAACUGCACCGCCCACAACAACAGGGCUUUCCAGAGGGUGGUGCGGUCUGCACAAUGCAUCACCGGGGCAAACUACCUGCCCUCCAGGACACCUACAGCACCCGAUGUCACACGAAUGCCAAAAAUAUUAUCAAGGACAACAAUCACCCGAGCCACUGCCUGUUCACCCCGCUAUCAUCCAGAAGGUGAGGGCAGUACAGGUGCAUCAAAGCGGGGACAGAGAGAAUGAAAAGCAGCUUCUAUCUCAAGGCUCAAGGUCUGUUAAAUAGCCAUCACAAGCACAGAGAGUCUGCUGCCUAUACACAGACUUGAAAUCAUUGGCCACUUUAAUAAAUGGAACACUACUAAAUUUAAAAAUGUCACUUUAAUAAUGUUUAAAUAUCCUACAUUACUCAUCUCAUAUGUAUAUUCUGCAUUCUGUACGUCCUACUGUAUCUUAGUCUAUGCCGCUCUAACAUUGCUUGUCCAAAUAUUUAUAUAUUCUUAAUUUCAUUCCUUUACUUAGAUUUGUGUGUAUUGGGUAUAUGUUGUAAAAUUGUUAGAUAUUACUUGUUUGAUUGCUGCACUAUCUGAACUAGAAGCACAAGCAUUCACUACACCCACAAUAGCAUCUGCUGAACACGUGUAUGUGACCAAUACAAUUUGAUUUUAUUACAGCAUAUUGGAUGACUAUCAUUCAUUCAUAUUCCAUUCACCCAGCUCAAUGUAACAUUGAUAGGUUUAGACUACUACAUGAUACUCACAUUUUUUCUGUACCCAUCACGAGGUUGCUACAACCUAGCCUAUGAAUGAACGGUUACAAGUAGGUACACAGGUCGAGAGAAAUUUGAGUGAUCAAGGUGACAGACAUUGAUACAUUCAUUGAAUGUGUUGGAUAGCCAUAGCCAGCUAGCCAACAUAAUCAUUAGUCCAAUAGUUGCAAACGAGAGUCCUGUAGUCCAUAAUCAGCUCCUUGAUUUUACUGAAGUUGCAAUGUGGGGGCGAGCACUGCUGCCAGACCCAGAGGAGCUCACUUGCCUGAAUUGUUUGUUUGUUCAUAGUUAUAUUGCUCAAUUUUGUUUCGUUUUUGUUCAACACCAACAGUGUCAUUGCGCAAAAUGGUACGGAGCAUCAUCUGUUGUGUGCAACAAAAGUUCAACCUUCACCUUCUGCUACCGUUUCUGUCAAGCCGUCUAUGCACACUGUGCAUUUUUCGCAUAUGUUAGAUAAAUCUAUGCGCCACACAGAACGCACUGUAACUGCCUCUGCAAAGCAAUGCUGCAAGGCAAACGUAGAGUUCCAUUUGAAAUGAAUGUACUUGUGGUGCACCAAAAUGCAAUUUAAUGUAAUUAUUUAACCAGGCAAGUCAGUUAAGAACAAGGUACAAAUCUGUCGUUCUGCCCCUGAACAGGCAGUUAACCCACUGUUCCUAGGCCGUCAUUGAAAAUAAGAAAUUUGUUCUUAACUGACAUGCUUAGUUAAAUAAAGGAUAAAAAAUAAAAAUAAAUAAAAAGGAACAGACUACGGAGGCGGGGAAACCAGAGUCUUCACACGACUCCUGCUGAGCACCUGUACAGUGCCAAACAAUCCUGGAAGGUGUUGAUCAUUGUGUCAGUGCCUAAAGAGUCAGGGGCCAGAUCACCAAACUACUUUUGACCUGUGGCCCUCGUGCCCCUUCUGGCCAAAUGCAUGGAAAGGGUUGUCAGUAAGCACCUUACCCUGUCCAUAGCAGAUCAACUAGACCUGUUACAGUUUGCCUAUAAGGCACAGAGCAGAGGGGGACGGAGGACACUACCCUGACCUUGGUGAACAUGGUGGCUAAUCUCUUUCAACAUGCUAAAUCAUAUGCACACAUUUUAUUUAUUGAUUAGAGUUCAUCUUUUAAUACAAUGCAAAUACACACACUGCUGAAACGACUACUGACCCUGAAUGUAAACGGAGGCCUCGCAGGUUGGAUCAAGGACCUUUUAACUGACCGCCCGCAGAGGGUCCUCAUGGAUGGGGCCCUCUCUGAUGAACUGACCCUAAACACAGGGGCGCCCCAGGGGUGUGUCCUUUCAGCGUGGUUGUUCUUUAUCUACACUUAAUGAGAUGAAGAUCCAAGGAAACAAUGUGAGCCUUUUCAAGUACUUGGAUGACAUGGCUCUGGUAGGACUAUUUUUUAAAGAUGCUACGUCAGAUGGGGACAGCUAUUUUAAACAGACCAACAACCUUCAAGAAUGUUGCGGGUCAAGUGCCCUCCAUAUCAAUGUGGAAAAGACAACGGAGUUGAUCAUCAAUGACAACAACUUGCCAAUGCCCCAAUCACUCUCUCUGAACGACCAACCAGUGGUGGCAGUUGAGUAAUUCAAAUACACAAAUUGAUAACAAGCUGAGUUUUACAGAGAAUAAAGACUGUAUUUUUUUUUAAAGCAAGCCAACGCCUGUUUUUAAUCAGGAAAUUGAAGCGGGUUAGUGUCAUCCAGGAUGUUCUGGAGAGGGUGUACAGCGCCUUGGUGGAGAGCAUCCUCACGUUCAAUAUGACAGUCUGGUAUGGUAAUCUGAGCAUGAGGGGCAAACGCAAACUGACCAAAAUAGUAAACACAGCCAGCAAAGUAAUUGGUCGACCACAGGCACAUUUGAGCAGUCUGUUACACAAGGCAACCAAAAAGAAGGUUACUUUUAUUUUCAGCUCGAGAGGCUUCCAUCUGGCCGGCGCUUCAGAAUGCCCAUGGCCAAGAACGUGUUAAAACAAUUUGUUCCUUGUGCUGUUGGACUACUAAACUCAACGUAAAUUAUAUUGGUAUAUGUACUUAUCAGUCCAGUGCAGUUGUGAGUGAAUGUAUCAAUGUUCUAUAUGUUUUUAGUGUAUGCAGUAUGAUGGACUGGCUGGUUUAAAUGUGUGUGAUGUGAGAAUAUGUAUAUGUGAUCCUUUUAAUGGAAGGUGAUGCCAAAAAAAUAUAUGCAUCCUGGAUGGACAAUAAAGUUUUAUUCUAUUCUACUGGA